UCUGUGACUAUAGUCACGUGACACUCCUCUACGGUAACGGGAGUGUAGUAGGCUUCCUUCUCGUCACACAACCAAGGAUCUUGGGUUCGACUUCUAUGCGAGACAAAAGAUUGGGCAAGUUUUCUUUCUUCUAAUGGCCCUGUUCACCUAGCAGUGAAUCUCUGUUCACCCGAGAGUUAGGCAACUAUUGUGGAGUUCCGUCCUGGGCAAGGAUUGUCAAUGAAUGUGUGCAUUGUGAGCAGAAUGUCGUUCCGGGACAAGGGGGUGAGGAAAGCAUGCUGGGAGUCACGUGACCGCUACUGGGCCUGCCUUGACCUGCCAGACAUACACCGGGACCACUGUCUCGAGCUGCGACGCCUCUACGAGAUGGCCUGCCCCGUCCACUGGGUAAAACACUUUGACCGGAAGCGGCAGUACAUGGAGUUCAAGGAACGGAUACACUCGGUAGGACUCCGGGAGGUGGCGACGCCUGUGUCGCCGUGCCCCGGCCUUGACACCCCGCUGGUCAGGAGACAUCGCAUCUACAGCGAGGUGGUCUUCAGCUAGUAUUCAGCCCAUCUCCCUACUGUCCCAACCCUUCCCCCCUGCACCUGGGCCAGGCAUCACUCACAACUGACCACGGAGACACCUUCACCCGGCAGUGGGGUCACCUCCACCCUGACAGUCGGGUCAGCUUCACCUGGCAGCGGAGUCACCUUCACCUAGCCGCUGUUUCACCUACCACUCUAGGAAAGACUCGCCUAAUGCUGCUCCGGUGGCAACCUUCGUCUGAAUGCCAUUCGUGUUGGCGCCAAAAUUUAAGUGUCUUCACCUAUUUUUUUUUCAACUGGUUCUCAAGCACGCCUGGUUUCAAGAACUCCUAAAUUAAGUGUAUAAAACCUCUCCUGAAUUCUCACGUAAUUGGCAGUGAACAGGAUCUACGAUACCUGCCUUCGUCCAGCUGACUAGUCCGUCAAUCAAUCAAUCAGCCAAUUAGUUCAUCCCAUCCCACCCCCCAAACACCAGGAGAGAACCCCAUUCCCUCACCCACCCCCCAACACCUUUCCCAGGAGCGUAUGAUUCUAGACUAUCUGGAGGUUCAUCAAGAUGUUAAUACUCAUUCACUGCAUUAGACUAAGGCAAGUGAGUAAAUUUAAUAUCGUGUUCCUUAUAUUAGGAUAUUGCCCUUUAUAUUUCCCUCUCCCUCUAGGUUAGAUGUCAAUAUUGACAUAACUGUAAGAAAAUAUUAAAAUUGUACGAUGGGAUCGAACUAGGAUUCCCGGACUUCCAAAGCACACGCAUUACCAACUGAACCACUUACGAAACCUGUGCAUCUUUCCUCGAUCAUGGCGGCAUAGACUUUGUUUAUUAAACAGUUUAUACGAACUUGCAUACUUUACAACCCAAGGUUAUUAUUGUUAGUAACAACCUCGUACCGCAUCGGAGCCUAUACACCGUUUAAUACAUAUAAACAAAGUCGCCAUGAUUAUGGAAAGAUGUACGGGUUUCGUAAAUGGACACGUAAAUACUUCAUGAGGCUUGGAGUGCGGCCUCAAUAUUAUGUCAUAGAUCUAUCUCGUCUAGUGCUUUCAUUGUGCGUGAAAUAGCUUUUUUUCUUGUUUUCAAUCACCUAUUGCUCUUUUUAAUUGGAUAAUUGUAUAUAGGGGUUUCAAGUUCAAUUGAGAGAGAAUUCUCAAGUUCCUUUGAGUGAGAAUUCUUAAGUUUCUUUGAGUGAGAAUUCUCAAGUUCCUUUGAGUGAGAAUUCUCAAGUUCCUUUGAGUGAGAAUUCUCAAGUUCCUUUGAGUGAGAAUUCUCAAGUUCCUUUGAGUGAGAAUUCUCAAGUUCCUUUGAGUGAGAAUUCUCAAGUUCCUUUGAGUGAGAAUUCACAAGUUCCUUUGAGUGAGAAUUCACAAGUUCCUUUGAGUGAGAAUUUUUAAGAACUGCAAGAAUACUUCCGCUAUCCUUAGGUAUACAUGUAUUGUACAGUAACAAUAUUAUUCAUUAAAAGAAUUAUACAGUAAAAUCGUCAUGCAUUAAAAUUUUCAUUCAUUGCAAAUUAUCAUUCCUUAAAGAGAGUCAUUUGUCAAGAGUAUCAUGCAUUAAAGUUAUUACACAUUUAAAGUGUUGUAUAUUCGAAAUAUCAUACAUAUAGUGUUGUAUAUUCGAAAUAUCAUACAUAUAGUGUUGUAUAUUCGAAAUAUCAUACAUAUAGUGUUGUAUAUUCGAAAUAUCAUACAUGUAGUGUUGUAUAUUCGAAAUAUCAAACAUUUUGAGUAUUGUAUAUUCGAAAAAUCAUACAUUAUGAGUAUGAUUCAGCUGUUGUACUUAAUUCGAGACAUGCGCUGCAGAACACCGUGGCGACCCCAACAUAUGUAUUAUUCAUGACCUUUAGAUGAUGCUGACACAGCUAUCGUUAGUAAAGUAAGUAAAGUCAAAUUUAUUCAGGAAAGUACAUACAUAGUUGAUUUAUAAACAUAAUGCUGGAUUUAUAGAUAGAGCUAGUACAUACAAUACCUAAAGCCACUAGUACGCAUAGCGUUUCGGGCAAAAAACCUUAGAUGUUCGUUUGUUGUUAACGUUCGAAAAAACAAAAACGUUCGUGACCUUAGAUGCGAACACGGGUAUCAUUCGUAACCUUGAGAUGAUGCUGACACAGGUAUCGUUCGUAACCUUGAGAUGAUGCCGACACAGGUAUCAUUCGUAACCUUGAGAUGAUGCUGACACAGGUAUCAUUCGUAACCUUUAGAUGAUGCUGACACAGGUAUCAUUCGUAACCUUGAGAUGAUGCUGACACAGGUAUCGUUCGUGAGUUCAUCUGACACCAAAACACUCACGGGUUACUCAUGCCCGUACGUGCCAUUUCUUGGGUGACUUAAUCUUCAUUAAUCAUCAAUCAAUCAAUCAAAACACGCGAUAACCAACAACAUUCGUCUCUAAAAAAAAUUUUUCGUCUCUAACACUGUUUUUUUUUACUAUUAAAAUACUUACAUAUAUCAAUAUUAAACAGUUUGCAUAUCAGAGUAAAUCCAUUACCAGGAGCUACCAACCACACCGUCAAACCAGCUGGAUAUAGUUAUCUAGAUAUUUGUGAUGGUCUGAAAGCACAUUACGGUUCCAGUAAUAGUUUACUUGUAAACUGGCACGUGAAUCUCUGUCCUAAACGGAGAUUAUUCUCAAGUUAUAACUUUAAAAAAUUAUAAAUCGUUGGUUUAAAAUAUAAAAAAAUAAAAAGUUAAUGCUGAAACGUUUUCUUAGAAACUGUCAACAAAAUUAUUCGCACACCCUCCGACACUAUGUGAUAGAGUGCGAUAAGAGAAGUGAAUUCAGAGACAAUUCUAUAACAUAUAUGUUCAAGAGAUGUGUAAAUAUUUCAUUCAAAAUUAUCUGCUACCAGAAAUUUUGGGCAAAUAUUCCCAGCCUGAAUAUUUUGGUUUUCUGUAACAAAAUUCAAGGGUACACUUAAACAGUUUCCGAAUUUUAAAUUUCGCAUUUUGAACAAUAGUAUACCGUAUUAACGUAAUGAAACUUAACCUAACCUAACCAAACAUUAUAAUAUAGUAACCUUAACCUAACCAAACAAUGGGCAGAGCGAUGAUAGCACUAAUUACGUAGUUGUUCUCAAUCCAUUACCAGGACAUUGCUACAUCACGUUUAUGUGAUUUCAUUGUGCAUAAUAACAUUGUGUUUUGACAAGGAAGCAGUGAGAACACAUCUUAUAUGCGUGGGACUAACAGUGCAUCAAGUGAAACAAAGCAGUGAACUAGGCGGUGUUCAGCCCAUUCUCUUGAUUUCCGUAUAAAAAUGCUUUGAUAUUUUGAAUUGUAGGGGGACAGAAAGCCUGUUGAUGAGAACAUGCAUAUGAGUUACAGCAAUAUACCGCGUAGAGGUGGUGGAGGAUAUAGGUACGCUAGGUCUGAAUCACCAGAGAGCUGUCGUGCUGUGUAUAUACCAUAUCAGCGACGACUAGUGAUGGGUUCCGGCCUCCUGACGUCGUCCAAUCACAGAUUGCACUAGGCUAUAUAAACGUCUGGCGAAACCCGAAUUCCGAAGACCGUAUUUUUACGUUCUGAAGAUGACUUCGCGCACAGUUUAUAGAUACGAUAAAUGGAUGUCGAGGCUCCCAGGGGUCGAGAUAUACUGUCAACAUGGAUACCUAGAAAAAAAAAGCCUGAGGUGACAUCUUCGUUAAGUAGGUUAAAAAUAUCCGUAGGGUGUGAAGUCGCCACUUACCUGAGUUUACCUGAGAGCCACUAAUACUAGUGGCCUCGACGAGGACAGAAAGCCGGAGGCUUGUCGAAGGUCCCCCCUUUGAUGAUCUUUUCCAGCUGUACUUUAAAAGUUAACAGAGUUUUGGCAUUUACGGCUUCGGCGGGUAGGCGGUUCCAUGGCUUAAUAACCCUGUGGGUGAAAAAGCACCCACAGGGUUAUUCACCACCACCACCACUUGCUGUGGUGGACAACAGGAACGCGUCGUCACCUGCUGUGGUGGACAGCAAGUGACAGCUUACAACAAACCGGACAACAGCGACACCUGGGUCUCGCAAGUGUUAACAUAUACACGCUACACACUCCGGCCACACUCUCCAAAUCUUUUAUUUGCUUCUCCCACCAUUCGAUAUACAGUUUAAUCCGUGUUUAGCCAGUCUGACUGACCACUCACAGCAUUUGAUAUAUUACCCGUUAUAAUUCGUUAUAAUUACACGUCAGUUUUCGCAUAAGCAGCUGACAUAAAUUAGUCUAUUGUGAGUGAGACGUGCUGGGAUGGACAAUUUAAUUUGUGGCUGCUUCUAGACGACUGACAUCAGCGCGGAUGUAACCUCGCUUGUACUAAUAGCUUCCAGGGCAUCGCUAAUAAGCUUCCUAAUUCAUCAAGCACUUAUGAGGUCCUCUUACGAAGCCUGUAUAUCUAUCUUCAAUUAUGGCGGAUAAAUUUGAAUUUAUUAAACAGUAUACGAGAACCGAAGUGCUACAAGAUUAUAUAUAACAAUAAUAACUUUGGGUUUCGAAUUGUCAAAGUUGGUAAACUAUUUAAUAAAAGCAAACUAAGCCGCCAUAACCGAGGGGAAGAUAUUUAGGUUUCAUAAGUAUACACGUAAAUUCUGGAUGAGUAUUUGUUACAAUGUAUCCGCCAGGAAAUGAAAAAAAUUGGAGACUGAAGCCAGACGGCAGUUACUGUUUGGGAACUGACGGCUGAGUAGACAGCACUCGGCGUUCUUAGUCUUAAGGGUUCGGGUUCGAUCCCCGACGGAGGCAGAAACAAAUAGGCAACGUUUAUUUCACCCUGAUGCCCCUGUUGACCUAGCAAUAAAUAGGUACCCGGGAGUUAGACAGGUGCUACGGGCUGCUUCCUGGGGGUGUGUAUGUGAAAAUCAAGAUUAAGGACCUGCCCGAAACGCUAUGCGUGCUAGUGACUGUGCAAGAAUGUAAGAACUCUUGUAUAAAUAAAUAUACUAUAUAUACUGACACUAUCUCAUGAUACUUUGGAGAUAAACUUCAAGAUGUUCAUCCUGGUGAACCAACGCUAACGACGGACCUUCCCAAAAGAAUGCCACCCGCAAUAGUUACCAAAACUCCCGUAUAUACCUAUCUACUGCAAGGUGAACAGAGACAUAAGGUGUUAAGGAAACGUGUCUGCAUCUCUUUUCCUGCCCGGUAAUCGAACCCGGGACUCUUCGGAUGUGAGCCGACUGCGCUAACGGUUGCGAUACAGGACACAUCGGCCGCAGACACAACUCAGUUGAAAACAUCGAUGCAUUACACACUAACAAAUAUUUGUUAAUAAUUACUCUGACCGGAAAUUAUGAGAAAGUUACGUAUAUGUGGUCCACUUUGCCAGGAUUUUGUAAAUAAUUUUGUUAUUCGUUGCUUGGGGUUGAAUUCUAACACCGGUGUGAUAGCUAAGUAUACCAAACUGCCUUUCGACGGUUUUUCUAUUUUAUCUUAUAUUCUUAUAUAGCGUUCUAACUAUGAUUACAGGUCUAUAAAUAUAGUUAUUUUCGUAACUAAGAUGUGAGUGUGUGAGAGAGAGAGAAAGGGAGAGAGAGAGAGAGAGAGUCAGGAGAGAGAGAGAGAGAGAAUACAAAUUUAACUUCGUUAUAUUCGUCUGUGUUGUGAAUUAACAUUAUAACCAUUGUAUAAUAUUGUAUAAACUAUGGUUAAGAGUACUAAUACAAUAUGAUACGCUAGGGUGUGUACUCACCUAAUUGUGCUUGCGGGGUGUGGAAUAAUGGUAAGAUAUGAUAGUGUGAGAGUAAGGCUAGUAUAAGCCUUGCCUUGCGCCUGGCUUGCCUGUCAUGUAUACUGUAAUUAGAUAAGACUGUAUAUGAGUUUUGUGAAGCAAUAAAGAUUGCAAAAUCGGCCAGCAGAUACAUAUAUUUAUUCAGUAAUAAUCAACAAGAUUUAUCUAU